AAUAAAAAUAUGUGCGCUAAUGAUGGGUGGUUUUUGUUUGUGAGUGGCCUGUAAUCGUAUCACCAAAGUGUAAUAAAAUUGUUAAUUUUUAUUACAGAUUAAUAAAUAAUUUUAAAAAAAUGAAUAGAAGCAUUACGUAUUGUACCUCAACAUUAUUGCAGUUGACUCGGCGGAAUGCUUCCACUCAAGUACAGUCAACUUCACCGCCAUGGCCACGCAAGAUAUUCUCCGGUGUACAACCGACCGGCGCAUUACACAUUGGAAACUACCUCGGGGCAAUCAAACGGUGGGUCGACCUACAGAACGCCGGCGAGGAUGUGACCUACUGCAUAGUGGAUUUGCAUUCUAUAACUCUGCCACAGGACCCGCAAGUGCUCCGGCACAAUAGCCUUCAAAUGGCUGCCACCUUGCUGGCCUGCGGUAUCGAUCCGUCCAAGGCGACACUGUUCCUGCAAUCCGGUGUUCCUCAGCACGCGGAACUUUCGUGGAUUUUAGGCUGCAUGACUACCAUGGCCAGACUGACACACCUGCCGCAGUACAAGGAAAAGUCUGCCAAACUAAAGGAAAUUCCGCUGGGUCUUUAUAUCUACCCGGUUCUGCAAGCAGCCGACAUCAUGCUGUACAAAGCGACCCACGUUCCAGUUGGAGAAGAUCAAAUUCAGCAUCUACAGAUGGCGCAGUCUUUGGCGAGGGCAUUUAACAACAAAUUCGGGGCAACGUUCCCAUCCUGUCAUCCUAUUAUUUCUGACGAUACCAGCGCCCGUUUAAAAUCAUUGCGAGAUCCAACGAAAAAGAUGUCCAAAUCAGAUCCCGACCCGAAAGCAUGCAUCAUGCUAACCGACACGCCGAAGGCAAUAGUUGAAAAAAUCAAAAAAUCUGUGACCGACUUCAUCGGCGAGGUAACUUUCGACCCGGAGGCCAGACCCGGUGUGGCCAACCUAAUAACGAUACACUCGUUGGCCAGCGGGAGCACACCGGAGCAGAUUUGCGAUGCAGCGAAAGGAUUAAACACCGGUCAGUACAAGCAACACGUGGCGGACGCCCUGGUGGCACAUCUGAACCCAAUUAGCGAUCGAAUCGAACGGUACAUGGCCGAUCCACACUAUCUGGCGGGUAUCAUCGCGGAUGGUUGCGAAAAAGCGAAGGCCAUCGCCGAAACGACACUGGUGGAAGUGAAGAGCAAAGUGGGUAUGGAUGGGUUCAGCUUGGCGCAGCCUCGAAGGUUGCUGAAGGAGAUGGAAGGCGAGUAAAGUUGUGUUUGGAUGUUACAGUUUCGAUAAUAAAUGUGAUGUGGGCUGGUUA